AUGUCUUCGUCUAGCGUACCCCAGAACCCGACGCCCCAGACGGUGAUCCAGCUCGUCCAGAAGCUGGGAGAUGCUGACCCCGACUUCCGCUUCAUGUCCCUCAACGACUUGCUUCAGGUUCUGGCCAACGGCAAGCCCGACUUCUUGCACCACGACUACAAUGUUGCCGCACGCACCGUCGAUAGUAUUAUCAAGACCCUCGACGACCAAAAUGGCGAGGUCCAGAACCUAGCCAUCAAAUGUCUUGGCCCGCUGGUCAUGAAGGUCCCCACACCUAUUAUUGCCCCGAUGAUCGAGAAGCUCUCCGCCAUCAAGCUGAAGAACUCCGUUGACAACGCUGUGCCCUCGUUGGCCCUGCGCGCCGUCAUUAUGGCCCUGCCGAAACCUACACCUGGCCUGCCGCCUUCGAAAGAGGUCCAUGAGUCCUAUCAGGCCGUCAGCCGGGUGCUCAUCCCGCGACUGCUGGGCCCCGGUGGCAAGGUCCAGCCCCAGAACCCUUCCAGCAACAUUCAAUUGCCGCCUGUUCCGCAAGGGCUCCUCAAGGUGGACAAAGACCUGAGCGCAGAGUCGGUUGAUAUUCUCAUCGAGGUCGUCAGGUGCUUUGGUACAAUGCUGUCCGCCCUUGAGGUUGAGGCGAUGCAGGAUGCGGUCAUUAGCUUGCUGGAGAACGAUAAGACAUCCUCGGUCGUCAAGAAGAGGGCCGUGGUGGCGAUCUCGAUUCUCGCUGUACAUCUAUCGGAUGAUCUGCUGAACCAGUUGGUCCAGCGGAUGGCCAACGACCUUGGCAAGCCCGAACUCUCCACCGUAACGCGCCGCCUAUACAUCUCCAUUACCGGCUCUCUCGCGAGAUCGAUCCCCGCCCGCUUCGGUACACACAUCGCCACGCUGGUGCCCUUCAUUCUCCAGGCCCUUAGCGAGGACGAGCUUGAGAAGCACCUGGAGGAGAUUAGUGACGGAGAUGAUGUCGGACAGGACUUCAACGAGGUGCGGGAGUCUGCCCUCGUGGCCCUAGAGUCAUUCUUGGCGGCGUGCCCGACAGAGAUGCGCCCUUUAACCGACGAAACCAUCAAGGCGACCCUCAGAUACCUCAAGUAUGACCCCAACUACGCCAUGGGCGACGACGACGAAGAUAUGGAGGUCGACGAGGAAGAAGACGAGGAGGAUGCGGACGACGAGUUCGAGGACGAUGCCGGUUUCGAUGAUGACGACGACGCGAGCUGGAAGGUCCGUCGUUGUGCCGCCAAGGCUCUGUACACUCUCAUCUCUACCCGAGGAAGCGGAGACUUGCUGGAGAAUGGUGUCCUAUACAGCCAGGCCGGCCCCACGCUGGUUAAGAGAUUUGACGAGCGGGAAGAGAACGUACGUCUCGAAGUCAUCUCCUGCCUGUCCCUGCUUGUCCGGAAGACUGGCGAGGGCAUCUACCCCACCGAUCUAUCGCUCGACGACCAAGAGCCGGAGGCUCCUAGCUUGAUCCCUGUCAGCCGGAAGCGUAGGCGCCAAAGCAGCGGUGGCGGGUCUAUGAGCGCUCCCCACACUGCCACUGGUCUGACAUCUCCAACCCUUGAGAGAAUCCCUUCUAGUGGCCCUCGCGCUGACCUAGCACGCUUUACGCCGACGAUUGUCAAGGCUUCCACCAAGCUGCUCAAGGGCAAGGUAAUCCCUACGAAGCAGGCCAUCAUCAACCUCCUGGACGACAUCAUCACGGUCCAGAGGGGCGGCCUGUCAGACUACUUCAACGAUGCUAUUGGUCCCAUCAUCGAGUCAAUCAAGCCCACCGGAGCUUCUGCUCUCGCUUCGUCCCUUGCGGCCUCUGGCGGAAAUGCGUCGGCCACGCCCAGUACCCUGCGUGUUGCUGCUCUGAAGCUCACCAGCGAUAUUGCCAAGACUCAUUCUUCGAGCCUUCUGCAGCCGUAUCUGACUAAGAUCGUUGCCGGUGUGACCGCGGCAGCCAACGAUCGGUUCUACAAAAUCUCAAGUGAAGCCAUUGGGACGAUUGAGGAACUGGUGAAGGCAAUCACACCUCCUCGUUCGAAGAUGACGGCACAGAAAUUCAAGGGCGAGCUGCAGAAGCUUUUCGACACCAUCAUGGACAGAAUCACCGCAACCGAUGCCGACGCCGAGGUCAAGCAGCGUGGCAUCCAUGCUUUGGGCGUGUUGCUGUCAAGGACUUCUGGUGCCGACGGCGCUGGUUUGAUUCAGCAAGACAAGCGUCAAGCAGCCUUGGUUGCUCUGCUCGACCGACUGAAGAAUGAGACGACCCGCCUUGCUGCUGUCAGAGCUGUUGACAACGUUGCUGCCUUCAGCACCAGCAGUGGACAGCUCGAGACGUCGUGGAUUCGGGAGGUUGCUUUGGAGCUAGCAGGACAGCUGCGCAAGGCCAAUCGAUCCCUUCGUGGUUCCAGCAUCGUCGCUUUAAAGCACCUCGUCGUGUCGCCGACGGCUAGAGGCGAGCUAGACGCAAACACCAUCCAAGGUCUCGUCUCGGCGUUGGUACCCGUGGUUAGCAACAACGAUACCCACCUGUUGGGGCCAGCCCUGCUCAUUCUUGCAGCCCUUGUCGAAGAGAGUGCGGAUCUUGUUGUUACACAGUCAAUGACUACUACCAUCUGCAGCCUCCUCAAGUCUAGCUAUGCAAGCAUUGUCUUGGACCAGAUUCUCAUUCUCGUCACGAAAGUGGGUGAAAGCGGUGCCGGCCAGCCCCUCAUGCAAGGCCUUCUCAAGGAUGUGAGCAUCGAAGGCGACCCAGUCGUGGUUGGCAAGGUCAUUGGCGCGCUUCUUGUGGCCAGCGGAAGCUCUGCUGGUGUUACGGUCGAGAGCUUCAUCUCCGAGCUGCAGACCAGCUCAAACAACAAGGACGACGCACGACUGAGCCUGGCACUGGCAGUGCUCGGUGAGGCCGGUCUUCGUCUUGGGGCCAACUCGCCCUUGAAGCCGGAUCUCUUCUUGCAGCAGUUCCAUGGCGAGCCCGACAAGGUCUCGAUCUCGGCCGCAGUGGCGCUCGGUCGUGCGGGCUCGGGCAACGUUUCGGAGUACCUCCCAGUCAUUCUGGAAACCAUGCAGAAGGGUGGCAACACGCAGUACUUGCUGAUUCAAUCGAUCAAGGAGAUCUUGCAGCAAGUCACCGUUCUGUCCUCGGAGGUUUCCAAGUUUGCCGGCGACAUCUGGCAGCAUCUUCUCUCCGCUUCAACCAUCCCCGACAACCGUGUUGUUUGCGCAGAGUGUGUGGGCCGGCUGACCAUCAUCGACUCCCAGACGUAUAUGCCCCAGUUGCAGUCACUUUUGAGAGACCAAAACCCGGAUAUUCGCGGCAUGUCGGUGCAGGCCGUUCGUUACACGCUGCCUGACAGUGAUGAAGCCUUCGACGCUAUGCUCAAGAAUGUCCUUGUUGACAUGCUCCUCGUCAUGCUCCAAGACUCGGAGAUGGACAACCGCCGCCUGGCCAUGUCAACAUUGAACUCGGCGGCCCACAACAAGCCCGACCUGAUUCUGCCUCACCUCGGCGAGCUGAUGCCUUUUGUGCUGGCCGAGUCGGUCAUCAAGCCGCAGCUGAUUCGCGAAGUCAUGAUGGGCCCCUUCAAACAUAUGGUGGAUGACGGCCUUGAAGUCCGCAAGAGCGCAUACGAGACUUUGUACGCUCUUAUGGAAACGGCUUUCUCAAGGAUCAACAACAUCGACUUUUACGACCGUGUGGUCGCUGGUCUGAAGGACGACAAUGAUAUUCGCAGUCUCUGCAACCUGAUGGUGUCUAAGCUUAUCGUCCUCGAUCCUGAUGAGACGAGCCGUCGCCUGGACUCUAUCGCCGAAGCGUACCGCGCCAUUCUCUCAACGAAGCUGAAGGAUGGUGCCGUCAAGCAGGAUGUGGAGAAGCAGGAGGAGGCCAACAAGAGCGUCCUCAGAGUGACGCUCCUCCUUGGCGACAGGCUCAAGGGUGCCAAGGGUGGUCCUGGCAAGGCGGCAGCAAACGCUAACGCGGGCGGUGCCAGCCAGACUUGGAACGCCUAUUGGGAAUGGGUUAAUAAGGAGUUCCAGACGCAGCUUAGAAAUUUGCGUGAGGAGAGCAAGGAGAAUCGCGUAUUGUAA